GAAUCCUAAUCCUAUGACCGAAGACCCACCACGCGCCCUUGACCACACCAAAGUAUUCUAUCCUUCGUAUUCAUAAGUCAUAACCAUCACAUUCAUCACUCUCCUCUUCAUUUCCUCACCCUUCUUUUGUUUUCUUCUGUUUUUAUUUUUGCUCUGUUUCACUUGUUUUAGGGUUUCAAACUCUCCCAUUUCUCCCCCCUUCCAAUUUCCAUACCAAUUCAAAUCCUCCUUUCAUGCCCAACUCGAUUUCCUCACCUGAUUCCCAGUAUUCUCGCUCUAGAUUUCGGGUUACGCGAUUGAUUCCCGAUGCACCAAUUUCAAUUUGAUUGGCUUUCCGAGGGUUGGAAUCGGCUGUGGAUAGCUUAGAAUAACUAUUUUCCUUUUUUUUUUUUUUUUUUUUAAUGUUUUGAUGAAAGAGGUGGUGGAGUUGGAGGAGUGUUUAGAGGUUCAGUAGUGAGUGGCUUGUGAAGAUUAUGAUAUGAUUUAGAAGUAACCCUAGUAGAUAGCUGUGUAGGUUCAUGGUAUUUGGUGAUUGAUUUUGGAGUGUGAUUCUGAUUCCGUAGGGUUUUUUGCUCAUUUUUUGGGGGUGAUUGGAGAAGAAGGGAUGGAGAACGGUCACGAUGGUAAAUUGGCCGAGAAAUUCUCGGCCAUGACAAUUAACCAGCACGGUCAACAACAUGUGCAUGACCAAUCUAACCUCUCUUCUAACAACAAUGAUAACUUGUAUCAGGUCAUGAAGGCUGUUGAAGCCGCCGAGGCCACUAUUAAGCAACAGGUAGAAGAGAAUAACCGGCUCAGGUCUGAACUUCUGAGUAAAAUUCAGGAACUGCAAAAAUAUAGGCAAGGAGAAACAGUGGAUCAAAAUUCACGAUUGGUUGCUCCAUGGAAGGAGCAGGAUCACAGAUCUUAUGAAGCACAUCAGCCAGCUCCAUCUAUAGCCAGGAGCAAUACCGGUGACCAUUCUGAGAAUAGUCAAAUAAAUGGAACAUUGAGAGUACAGCCAAACAAUCAGUUGCAUAUAGAGAAUACUGGCUACUCUCAGUUGUCUUCACCAUCUACAAGGUCAGUCUCUCCAAGCAGGCAUCUACUAGAAGGAGACCUUGAUCCCCGAUUUAAUUCGCCUCGGCAAGGUUUGAUGCCAGUGGCUGAAACAAAUAAUAGUAAUAACUUAUUGAAGCAGGAUCUGGCUAUUAAGAUUCGGGAACAUGAAGAAGAGAUCAUCCUAUUAAGGAAGCAUCUUGCUGAUUAUUCUGUAAAGGAAGCACAAAUACGCAAUGAAAAAUAUCUCUUGGAAAAGCGAAUUGCAUAUAUGCGUCUGGCCUUUGAUCAGCAGCAACAGGACCUUGUAGAUGCUGCAUCAAAAGCUUUAUCAUACCGACAAGACAUAAUUGAAGAAAAUAUACGUCUUACAUAUGCAUUACAGGAUGCACAGCAAGAAAGGUCAACAUUUGUUUCAUCUUUGCUGCCCCUUCUUGCUGAAUACUCCCUGCAGCCUCCUGUUCCCGAUGCACAAUCAAUUGUUAGCAAUGUCAAGGUUUUGUUUAAACAUUUACAGGAAAAACUUCUUCUCACUGAGUCAAAGCUAAAGGAGUCACAAUAUCAGUUGACACCUUGGCGCUCAGAUACAAGCCAUGCUAAUGUUGCUGUUGCCACACAAUCACAAUCUCACUUGAGUGGUGCAGCUUUGGCAACAUCGAAUAAAAAUGGCCUUGAACUGGUACCUCAGCAUAUGUACUCCCAAGUAAAGCCUCAGGUCUCUGUUGAUGCUCAGGCAGGCACUGAUUGGGAUCUAUUGGGUCGCCACCAGAAUGGCAUGAAUGGUGGUGUAGCAAUGGAACCAAGUGUUGAUGCCGAUGAUUUGGGGAGAUAUUCACCUUUUGCAAGCAGGAAUUCAUCAGUCCAUGAUGCAUCCAACCACCUGGUGGUUGCGCAGGGUGAUAACCAUUCUGCACAUUAUGGAGAGGAAAUGACUAACAAACAGGUCACAUUUCGUGAACCCGUGAGCAACAAUGAAGUUGAUGAUCCUGAUGGAGAUGGAAUCCACAGUGAAAGAGAAGCACCUGCUAACUGGGGUUCCGGAAACCCUCCUUAUACAACCUCCGUUGAUGAUCCCAGUUCUUCUUCAUAUUCACCGUAUUUACCACCAGUUCUUGAAGAACCUUCUUCUUCAUUUUCCGAGGCCGCAGAUGAAGAUCCGUUGCCGGCUAUCGAGGGCCUUCAAAUUUCAGGAGAAGCCUUUCCUGGAAGGGAACUUCAGGCAUGCGGAUACUCCAUCAAUGGCACUACUAGUUGUAAUUUUGAGUGGAUUCGACAUUUGGAAGAUGGAUCCUUUAAUUAUAUUGAUGGGGCAAAGCAACCAACCUAUCUUGUCACUGCUGAUGAUGUUGAUACAUUACUUGCCAUUGAAGUCCAACCACUGGAUAACAGGAAGCGAAAGGGAGAACCUGUGAAGGUUUUUGCCAACGAUAACAAAAAGAUCACUUGUGAUCCCGAUAUGCAGAGCCACAUAGAGAGGACUUUUUAUAGUGGACAAGCUUCAUAUAAAGUUUCUCUUUCGACUGGAUAUCUUGAUAUAUGGGAACCAGCCACAUUGGCCAUUAAGAGGGAAGGUUACAGUAUAAAAUGCAGUGGACCAAAUGGAGUCGUAAUCACAGAAAAAUUGACAUCGUCCACCACUGUUGUGAUUCCAUAUGGACAUACUUCAGAAUUUAUUAUAAUGGGUUCCAGUGGUGCUGAACACCUUUUAAAAGCAGAAAACAACUCCACAGAUGUCAGUGGAGGUAGAGACACUAUUGUGCUCACUUUGAGAUUAUUCAUCCUAAGGGCUGGGGAUAGAAAAAAGAAAGUAAAGAAGAAGGGACUGUUCUUCAAGUGAGGGAAUGUCAGGUGUCUGGCAGAAAAUCUGUGGUGCGUGGAAUGUGCGGACCGAGAUGGGGAUUGGGAGUUGUGUGUUGUGUGCUACCUACAUUUUUGCUCCUUUACAUUCUAUAAUAGGGCAGAAUUAGCUUGAGCUGUAAUUGUGAAUUUAUGCAAUCAUUUUUUCUUUCUUUCAAUAUUUAGCAAUUCUUUUUAGCUCUUUUCCCUGCCAUGUAAGUCAAUCGUACUGCAUGCUGCUCUUAUCAUUUUGUGCAUGGCUUUGCGUGGGCCCGUGUGCAAUAUGCCUGCAUUCACAUGCUAUGUUCCUCGACUUUCAUCAACUAAAAUGGUUCAGAGGAAAAUGAUAUAGUUGACGUUUGAAAUUGGCGAAACAUGUUUCCUAUGUCAGUGUUUAGGUUGAUUUUUUUUUUAAUAAAACAAUCCUUUUGAAAUCU